GACCUUCCGUCCCCCGGCGGCACCGGUCAAGUCACGACCCGACCCCGCCCUCGGGGUGGACACGGACUGUAUAAAUGGUCGGACAGCGGGGAGCAGGGGCACAGUCAACAUCGACCAGUCACCGAGCAACACAACAUGAUCAAGUUUGUCGUUCUCGCCCUGUGUGUGGCCGCCGCGGCUGCCGGCGGUGGAUAUGGUGGUGGAUAUGGUGCCCAGAGUCACGUCAGCGUCCAACAGUACAAUCCCUGGGGCAGCAGCAAAUACGGAGUUCACCAGACUCACGCCACUUAUGCUGGCCACGGCGGUGGAUACGGCGGAUACGGAGGAUACGGCAAGUUUGUCGGAGGACACGCCAAAAUCUACGCUCAGGCCCAGGGAUCUGGUGGAUAUGGACACGGCGGAUACGGCGGUGGAUACGGCGGAUACGGCGGUGGACACGGCGGAUACGGCGGUGGAUAUUCCUACGGAUACAGCGCCGAUGUUGGACAUGGUGGAUACGGCCACUAAUUUAAUGAUAUUGAGCGUCGUAACAUCGCCAAUUCAUCGUGUUUGUAUGAUGUUUAAGUGUGAUGUGUGCAAUUUCCUACAAGGAAUUUAAAAUAUAUUGCAAAGGAAG